AUGUCCCCAACUCCAUUCAAAAUUUCCGUCCCCCAAAGCAAAAUCGAUACUCUCAAAACUAAACUUUCUCUCGUCGAAUUCCCAGAUGAACUCUCGGAUGCAGAAUGGGAUAUGGGUGUUCCAUUAGAUUCCAUGAAGCGUCUUACAAAAGCAUGGGAACAAUGGGAUUGGAGAGUUGCCGAAAAGAAGUUAAAUAAGACGCUUGAGGGUGCACAGUUUACGACAAGUGUGAAUGUUGAUGGCUUUGGAGCGUUGGAUGUUCAUUUUAUAUGGCAGAAGAGUGAGGUGAAGGAGGCCGUGCCGUUGCUUUUUGUGCAUGGAUGGCCGGGAUCCUUUUUAGAAGUUCUCCGUAUCCUUCCGCUUCUACAACAACCAGACGGUCCAGCUUUCCAUAUUAUUGCUCCUUCACUUCCUAACUUUGGAUUUAGCGAAGGAGUUAAGAAACGCGGGUUUGGAUUGGCGCAGUAUGCGGAAACUUGUCAUAAAUUGAUGCUCCAAUUGGGCUAUGAUGAGUAUGUCACGCAGGGUGGAGAUUGGGGAUCGUUUAUCACCAGGUCGAUUGGGAAAUUGUAUCCUCAGCAUUGCAAAGCAAGCCACAUCAACAUGGUGCUCGCAAAUCAACCCUCUUUUUGGAAAAAUCCCAUUCUAGCCGUGCAACACGCAGUUACACCCUACACGCAAAGGGAAAUUGAAGGUCUCGCUCGCACCAACUGGUUUAACGUAGAAGGCAACGGUUACUUCAUUGAACAAUCCACCAAGCCACAAACCUUAGCAUACGCAUUCCACGAUUCCCCCACCGCAUUACUCGCCUGGAUCUACGAAAAACUGCACGACUGGACCGAUUCAUAUCCCUGGAGCGACGACGAAAUUCUCACCUGGAUAUCCGUCUACUAUUUCUCGCGGGCAGGUCCCGGAGCCGCGCACCGGAUAUACUACGAAUUUAUGCAUACGACUCCCGGCCCGGGAAAACUUGUGCGAUCAGAUUUCGAAUCCUAUACCGCGGGCCCGAAAUUGGGAUUGACGUUUAAUCCGCAGGAGCUUUUUCUGAUGCCGAAGCCGUGGGCAAGGACGUUGGGGGAUGUGGUUUUUGAGAGGGAUAAUUACGUGGAGGGAGGUGGACAUUUUUAUGCGCAUGAGAAGCCGGAAUUGUUAGUUAGGGAUUUGAAGGAGAUGUUUGGGAAAGGUGGUGGUGCGUUUGGGGUGGUUAAGGGGAAGUCUGGGUAUGAUGGUGAGAAGACGCCGAUGUUGUGA